AUGGCUGCCCAGUCGACUGGCGCCGCGCCGAGCGGCAGCGGCGGUGCCGACAGUGCCGGAGGCAUUGGCAGCGUGGCUGGCCAGCUGAUGUGCCAGAAGUGCGACGACCCCACCACCAUGACGACGAGUCAACCUGCUGGGUCGCGCAACCCCCUGUUGCGCAACUGCACCGAGUGCAACGCGACUAUUCAGUGGAAGAAGCGCAUGUUCGCGGUCCUGAAGCCCGCGAAGGACGGGAAGGAGCACUGCAAGGAGAAGGUCAAGCAGGCAAAGCAGCUCAAGGACCUGCUGGACAAGAUGACCAAGGAUGCGGAAAAGGCUUGGUUUAAGGAAGAGAAAGCCAAGCGCCAGCUUGAGGGCAAUAAUUCCAAGCGCACGUUCUCGGACACGAAGGGAUACGUCAACCACGAGAGCGCCCAGGAUAAUAUUGAGGAUGACCUCGUGCACUGGGAGCCGUUCGAGCAGUUCGCGAUUCGCGUGAUUGCCUUGGGGAGGUGCAAGAAUGAGAAGGAAGCUGUUCCUCUGUGGAAAGAAGCAUGCAAGGCCCCUGGUGCUAGGGUUGCUAAGAAGAAGGGCGUCCUGUGCCUGGCUCACUGGAAGGGGGUGGAGACGCGCGGGCGCGAUCGGGAGACCUGUGCCACGGGGUACAAGUCCAGCCAGGCCAUCGAGAACAGAGACGACCUCGAGACAACGAAGGUGCACAUGGCUGAGCAGUCCGACAGGUUCAGCAAGAUUCGGCGCAUGAACGAUAUGCAGUUCGGAGUUCUAGAGAGCAGCAUCGAGCCAGGCCCCUUGGCGGAGGCGGAGAUCGACGUGGUCAUGAGCGGAAGGCUGAUGCCGGAGACUUCGGCGGGGUCCCAGCUGGUGUCCAGGGAGCUCGCGAAGAAGCAGCAGGCCGAGGAGUUGAUGGAGCGCGACUUCCAGCUGCAGUGCGAGCAGGCCGCCGAGAAUCAAGUUCAGCAGCAGCAGAGGCAGCAGGCGGCCCCGAAGCAGAAAGUGAAGGCCGUGGAGCAGCUCAACCUGAAGUCGCACACCAGCAAACUCCAGGCGGCUUUGGAGGAUGUUUGCAGGAAGAUGUCCGAGGGCACCGACACCGUGGAGAAUUGGGCACUUACAGUGCAGAACAGCGACGACACGAAGCACUUGAAUAAUUUUAAAAAGGACUCGACGGAGAAGGUCAAGGAAGCAAGGGAUGCCAUCACGGCCAUGCGCAAGAAGGUGGACGAGAUGACCGCCAAGUGGGUCAAGUUUGGUGGUGAAGAUCACACUGCCGACGAGUACUUCAAUCAGAUCGCGGUGUGCACGAACGAGAGCAAGACGUUCCUCUCCAAGGCUGACGAGAAGACCACAGCGAAGGACGCGGUCGACGCCCUGCGCGCGUUCAAGGUUGAGUGCGAGAAGGCUAUCAAAAAGGCCUCGGCCGAGAGGGCGAAGCAGUUGGCGAAGGCAUCGAAGGCGACGGGCGCACCUGGCGCGACCUCGGUGGCGCCGUCGCAGCCGCAGUUGGCCAAGGUCUUCAAAGACGCGUUCGACCAGGGCAAGUUCGCCAAUGGCAUCAACGUCAACUGGGCUGUGUCUGACGUCUACAAGGGGGAGCUCCGCGCUUGCAUGGUCCCUGGAGAUCGCUGCAAGGCGAUUGCCGAUGCCAUUCGCAAGCUGGACUACUACGCCUCCCAGAAGGGUUGGGUCGAGCAGGCCAUGAAGAAGUCCGCCCAGGAGUACGCGAGCGCCGUGGUCGUGAAGAUGGGCAUCGUCAAGAAGAUCGAGGCGCAGCUGUGUCACUUUGGUGACAAGCAGUUGUUCGGGAAUUCGCUGUUGGACGGUGAUGAGAGCGUCCAGGGCUUCUUCCGCCCCCAGUUCUACCGCGGCAAGGAGAACGGCUUCUUCGUGGCCCACUCGACCGAUUACGACCUCGUCGACGCCCGCAUGCUCCUUGAGGGAGAGGAGGUCAUCGCUGGCAUCCGCGCGAACGCCCUCGCGGGGGUCACGGCGAAGGAGAAGUCCGAGCAGCUCUGCGCGCUCAGCUUGGAGUCCAUCGUGAAGCUCAUCACCGAGAAGGGGUUCGCCUUCCACAUGAAGCCCAACAUGAUGUGCGUCAUCCCGAACGGGUUCGCCGUGAUCUACCUGAACUGCAGUACCACUGAGGUCUUGCAUGGCCUCCGCUGGCAGAUGCACGGGGGCAAGAAGAACGUCGAGGCCACUUUGUCGACGUUGGAGCCGAUGGUGCAGAGCAGUCCCGAGCUCGCGACCACCGACGUCGGCAAGAUG